AUAUGGGAAUAUGUGGAUAUAGAUUUUGACAAAAAAUAUAUAAUUUUCCAGCUCCACUAAGUAAAUCUGCACGGUGAAGAUACCAAAACAAAACCCAAUGAUAAUUGAAAUCAAACGAUAAAGAAAGAAACUCGUCACAGCACAGAAGUAGGAAUGAAUGAAAAAACAACAAAAACAAGACCUCUGGUUUACCGUAUCAAAGCUAUACACAUUCAACUGAGAGAGAAAAGUAGUGGGUACGAGAACACUAUAAUAUUUUUCAGAAACCAGAUACCAAUACCAGACCCUAAUUGAGCUCCAGAACCACUACACGACUACCCAAGUCUAGAGUUUCCUCGCUUGAGAGAGUAUAGAGAAGUCGCAAUAAGCUCGCAAGCAACAACCACGACUACGACGACAUCAAGACACAGCUAUAAGAUUUGGUCAUCACAACAAGUGAAAUAACUAACUGAACUGCACACACCUGUGGAAUAACUUGAACUUCCACCUGAUGUUGAGUAGCUGGCUGGAUAGGACAGGAGAGCAAGAUUACUACUCGAUCGCUCUCGGACAAUGUUGUGCGCGCACACUCAGUUAGUUUUGUUAUACGAGGCAAACAUUUUGGUUGUGCUGUGUGCUUCGUGAGCGUCGGCACAUUUUUUUCUUAAAAAAAGAAAAAAAAAUAUAUCUCAUUUUCUUUAAAUUAUCUCGACUGUGUUUUUGGAAAACUGAGCAGAUACUUGAGAAAUUGUACAAUCGCUGUAUACAAUUUCAUUUUUUCUUAUCCAAUUUCUAAUUUGAUUGUGUGAUUUUUGUUUGUUCUUAUCACAAACAAUAUAAUUUUGUAUUCUCUUCAUUUUUAUUUAUUUUGUUUGUUCACAAAAAAAAAAAAGAAAAAAGAUACUAAGAUACAUUCAUAUCUUCUGUGUGUUUAAAUUAUAUUUUAUUUCUUGGCGCUUGAUCAAUUGAAAACGAGUUGUUGCAAAUAAAUUUAAACUUUCUGUUGAGUGAAUAAGAUCCCAUUCAAAAUAAUACAAAAUAAAAAAAGAAAGAUACAAAUAAAAAAAAAACCCAACCGCCAGAGAAGUGUGAAAACAAAAUAAUUACUAUUCAUAAAAUUGUGAAUUGCGUCAUUUUCAAUUUUAAGGUUCAUUUAACAAGCUCAACAAAAAAAAAAGAUACAAAAUCAAUCUUAAACUUUCGAUGGGUUGGUCAGAGUGAAAAUUUUUUUGAAAAUAUCUAAAUAAUUUGCAAACUGAAAGUGCGUUUGGAUGUCGUGAGUUUUCAAAAAAAAAAAAAAACAACUUCUGUGCAAUAAAAAUUCCUAUCUUUUUUUUCUUCUAAAGCCUCCCUUCGAGCUCCGUCUUGGUCUUCGAUUUAAAAUAAUAAUUCUAAUUCUGAACUAUGGCAAAAUCGAGUGAUUAGUAUUCAAAACUCGUGGAGCUGUUGGAAGCAAAAAGUCCAACCACGACAUUAUUAUUGUUAAAAAAAAACAUAUCGCUAUUGCUAUCCAAUUGUUGUUGGCAAAAGCAUAUUAUUAUCGUCGGCGGUCGGUGGUGAUUUGAGGAUUUGGAUUCGGAGAACGAAAAGAAUUCCGUAUAGUACAUCAUAAUUUUGUUGAUUCAACAACGUCGUCGUAGCCACUUGAAUCUGGCCUUCAUAUCGUCGUCGUAUAGUACCUUACCUAUGCUUAUGGUAUAACUUAACUAAGUGAAUAAAAUUAUAUUUAAAAAUAUAAAUUCAACGUUUAUCAUUGGAAUACUAAUUAAUUUCGGUUUAGAGAGAAUUCCUUGUUAUUUUUUUCUUGUUGUUUCGUUGGUUUCUUGGUUUUUUUUAUUUUGUAUUGGUGUGUAUCUGUGAGAGAAGCGAGUAAUAAUGGUAUCGGUAUAGUGCAAGGAAAUAUUUUUUUAAAACUUCAUCGUCUUUUGGUUGUCGUUGUCGUUAAAGUUUACGAUUUUAUGCCAUUGUAUAUAGUUUGAGUUUAUUUUUUUCGUGAAUAAAUUUAUAUAUCGUCUUUUUUCCAUUGUAAUAAAGUGAAACCACUCGCUAGACGGGUGUUCGAUUUUUUUUUGUUUUAUUCAUUUUUUUUCGUUCGUUGUGUCUCUUCUUCAAAAGAAAUUUUGUAUUAUGAUGGCGCUCUGAAAUUUAAUCGAAAAGUGCGCAAUGGAUUACAAUAUCGUAUUCGAAAGAGUUGAGGGACGUAAAGGAGAUGAAGAAACUUUAGUUGAAAACGUUCUGCGCUUUACCAGAAGUGGUACUGAUUAUCUUAUCAAUGGUAGAUUAACCUAUCACGAUAUCCUAGGUGAAGAUGUCACGCAUGAAGUUACAACAGCUUAUAGUGCGGAUGGAAGUAGUUUAUUCCGUUUACAUCCAUAUACAGUUCAAAAAUCUUCACUUUGUGAGUUUUACAAAACUUUCUAUAGAGAAUAUGGACAACCUUGGAUUAAAGACCACACUGAUUUUCCCUAUAUACCUGAAGGAGGAUUAUGCCCUUUACCUAAAGGAAGCUGGUAUGUAAAAGAUAUGAAACUUCUUAAUGGAACUAAAGUUCCAUUGCAUGCCCCGAGAGGCCUUUGGAAAGUUGAACAAAAAAUUGAAAGAAAAGGAAAAGUUAUUGGUGGACUGACAAUAUAUGCAAGAGUUUCAGAUUUAAUUUAACUUUUUUUUUCUUUUUAAAGUAAUGCAACUAUUAAAAUAAAUGCUUUAUCGUACAUUUUGUUUAUAUUAAAGUAGUUUUGUUUAACUUAAUUUUACUUAUUUGUUUUACUUACUCAAAUCAAUUUAGUUCGUUUUUUUUUGUGGUCGUAAAACAUAAA